CCGUUGGUGGUUGCCAUAGUGACCGUCGGAGCCAAGCUUCCUCCUCCCCGGCUCCAUGGAUGGUCUCUAACGACCAAGUUUCAGGUUCUCCAAGUUUCAGGGGCCGACUGAGGUCACCGACGGGAUCACCAGUCAUGUCUUUCCGUGACCUAAGGAGUAAGGUUGCUCCCCAGCCCCCGGCUUCAGCCCUGCUCUCCUCCCUGGAUUUUACAGAAAUGAUGAGGGCCCUGGGAUACCCCCGACACAUCUCUAUGGAGAAUUUUCGCACACCAAACUUUGGGCUUGUAUCUGAAGUGCUUCUCUGGCUUGUAAAGAGGUAUGAGCCUCAGACUGACAUUCCUUCUGAUGUUGAGACAGAGCAAGAUCGAGUUUUCUUCAUUAAAGCGAUUGCACAAUUCAUGGCCACCAAAGCUCAUAUAAAACUUAACACUAAGAAACUGUAUCAAGCAGAUGGAUAUGCAGUAAAGGAGCUAUUGAAAAUCACAUCAGUACUUUAUAAUGCUAUGAAAACCAAAGGAAUGGAAGGCUCUGAAAUAGGAGAAGAAGAUAUCAGCAAAUUCAAAUUUGAUCUUGGCUCAAAGAUUGCAGAUUUGAAAGCCGCUAGGCAGCUUGCUUCCGAAAUUACAUCAAAAGGAGCGUCUCUCUAUGAUUUACUUGGCAAAGAAGUGGAACUGCGGGAAUUGAGAACAGAAGCAAUCGCCAGACCACUAGAGAUAAAUGAGACUGAAAAAGUGAUGAGGGUUGCAGUGAAAGAUAUUUUGGCACAAGUUCAGAAAACUAAAGACUUGCUCAACAAUGUGGCCUCGGAUGAAGCAAACUUAGAAGCCAAAAUUGAAAAAAGAAAAUUAGAACUUGAAAGAAACCGAAAGCGCCUACAGACUCUGCAGAGUGUCAGACCAGCCUUUAUGGAUGAAUAUGAGAAGAUUGAGGAGGAAUUGCAGAAGCAGUACGACAUUUACCUGGAAAAAUUUCGGAAUCUGGCCUACCUAGAACAGCAACUUGAGGAUCAUCAUAGGAUGGAGCAAGAGAGGUUUGAGGAGGCUGAAAAUACCUUACGUCUAAUGCAAAAUAAACUUAAGGAAGAAGAAAAGCGACUGCUCAAGAGUGGAAGUAAUGACGAUUCAGACAUAGACAUCCAGGAAGAUGAUGAAUCUGACAGUGAGAUGGAAGAGAGACGAUUAUCAAAGCCACGAACAGCCAUGGAGGUUUUGAUGCAAGGGAGACCCAACAAACGCAUCGUGGGCACAAUGCAAGGUGGAGAAACUGAUGAUGAUGAAGAUUCAGAGGACAGUGAAAUUGAUAUGGAAGAUGAUGAAGAAGAUGAUGAUGACUUGGAAGACGAAAGCAUGGCUCUCUCCCCCACUAAGCCGAAUCGUAGGGCCCGGAAACCUGAGCCGCUGGAUGAGAGUGACAAUGACUUCUAGCUUACUCCUUCUGGCCCCAAUGUUAAUUAAACACAACAUGGGUAAAUCUAUGGUGA